AGAUCAACGGUCACGGCAGCACCGGUGACAACGCAAGCAGUGCCCAAGACAGCUUCCAUUCUAGCGAAUAGAAGUGGUGGCAAGAACAAUUCCCAGAGGGCAGGAGGUUCGGCUUCUAGUGGUGCAAAAACAGUGCGGCUUGUAGAUGUCACAUCAGAGAUGGCGAAGGUUUUCGCAUACAUCAUGCAGUCAGAUGCGACGAAAGGGCUGCUGGCAAGAUUGCGACACCACUGCGAUCUCCGCACAUUGAUCAGCGAAGUGGAGACGCGAGUAUGGACAGUGCGCAUCGAAUAUUCACAGCUGAAGCAGUAUUGGAGCCACCUGGUGUACCAUCGAGCGAUAGUGCCGGUCAAGUUCGACGAAUAAAGCAAGACAAGAGCAAGGUAUUCCGGCAACUUUAUUAGAAGAGAAUAAGGGAGAUACGUAAAGGAGAAGUGACGUGAUAUUGAAGAAAGAGAAGACGCUAAUAAGGGGUGCGAUCUGACUUGGAGCAAAGUGAGGACUCGUGUUCUGCAGAGUGAAUGAGGGCCCUACGGUACAACUGAAACAUGACAGGUUUUUCUUUUGAGAUUCUUGGUGCGUAGUAGUGAAGUUGGGCGUUUUUUAAGCGGCCGGAAAGGAACGCAAAAAGAAGAAAACAAGCGGAAAAAGAGGACAAAGCAAGGCACUGGUGGGAGAUAUGAUUGGGGAAAAAAAAAAAGAGAAGGAAGCUGAUGGAUGUUGAUGGAUAAGGUGUGGCCAUUGAUGAGUGUGUUCCCGAACUGUGUUCCCGUUUGCAAAGUUUUUCUUUCCAAUUCACUCCCCUACAGGUACACGCAGCAGAUUCGGCAACACAGAACAACUUGCGCGAAGAGAUUUGUGACCGAUUUCAGAAGACAUGCGAAAUGUCUUGAAAGUAAAGCAAAACACGCGAUGCAACUGAGCUACUUCUUCUUAACAUAUAAGAUUGAUGUGCGAAAUCUCGACUGGAGACACGUUUUGAAAGAACAAGAAGCGCGCCUUUGAAGGCGCGUUUUGAAAGAUGUGCAGCACGGAAUGUGCUUAAAGUACGUUUGAAGAAAGUAGAACCUUGAAAGAUGUGCAACACGGAAUGGGCUUAGAGUACGGCUGAAGAAGGUAGAACCUUGAAAGAUGUGCCGCACGGAAUGCGCUUAAAUAAAGUACGUUUGAAGAAGGUAGAACCUUGAAAGAUGUGCUUGUGCAGCACGGAAAGUGCUUGGCGUACGUUCGAAGAAAGUAGAACCGCGAAGAGCCUGAAAGUAG